AUGUCUUGGAAUGUUCUUCCUGAGCGGUCUCCUAAUCGCCUUAAAGCUAGUCAAUGUUUCAUGACAGAGUACCGAGGAGAUAUAUACCUUGUGUACACGCAUGGCCUCGAGGAAAAACAGACUUUUCUUAAACUAGAUCUUGCAAACCGGAGAUGGACGGAGAAGAUAAGACUGGGUUUGACGUUUUACCUAGGCGUCCAAAGUGCUGUGACGUCGACGACGAAUAGAGAUUUAGUGGAAACCCCAAGGCUGAAUUUCUGGACUGAGUGUAAUGUCUGGAUAAAGCCACCCAUGAACGUCUCAGAUUUGUUCAAAUCUUGA